AUGGAAGGCGCAUGGAUGGCCUCUCCCUCUAGUUCCAAUCUCCCAACUUUGUGCCUUGGCGGCAUGGCCGUCUUUACCUCCAGCUCAGGCUCCGCCUCCGCUCGGGACGCGGAUACCGGUGCGAGCGCAUUAGAGUUCGGGAAGGAGGCGGAGGCGGAGGCGGACCGCGGCCAUAUCUCCGCCUCGCAGGCGAACCUCCUCGCCCGCGCCCACUUCCUCGGCGGCGGCGGCGGCGUGGAGGAGGCGGAGGCGGACUGCGGCCAUAUCUCCGCCUCGCAGGCGAACAUCCUCGCCCGUGCCCACUUCCUCGGCGGCGGCGGCGGCGGCGGCGCCGGCGAGGAGGAGGAGGAAGAGGUGUUCAGCACGCCGCCUCUCACACAGCAGGACCCACAGAGGCAGGGCCAAAGCCAGCGCGGCCAGGCGGGGGAGGGCGAGGACGGCAUCGCCAUGUGCUCCAUGCCCUUCACCCAGACCCAGCCUUCCUCCCCUUCUUCCGCUUCCUCCUCUUCCUCGGAUAGCCGGGAGCGGAAGCCGCGGAAGCCUAGGAUCUGCACGAGGAAGGUGAGAGCCGGCGCCAAGAUCAGGACUCCGACGCCGACGCCGAGCCCCAGCCCCAGCCCCGAACUCGACCCUCUCGUCAGGAUCGUGCUCAUGAUCCCCACCGCUCCUCUUCCAACCACCGGUCAUGAGGAUAUCCUCGAGCUUGCCCGCAGCCGCGGCAUCUUCUGA